AGCAGCCAACAUGGCGACUUCCACGGGACAAAACGGAAAAGCUGUUUCUACUUCAGAUGUGGAUCUGUUACUGCACCCUGAACUGUUGUCUCAAGACUUUAUGCAGCUAAUUUUAAGUGAGAAAAAUGUCAGUGCCAGAGACUGUGGGAGCAGGGACCGGCUCACAGAGCUGUACCUCCAGCAUGUCAUCCCGCUGCCGCAGAGGACGUUACCCAACAGCCGCUGGGGGAGGAAGAUGGAGAAGAGCCGGGGGAGGCGGACAGCUGACGGUCACGGCUCAGACAGGUACCGGUCCACAUGGACGUUAUUGU